AUGGCUGAGCACCAACCCCUCGGUGGGCCUUGGGCGAUAUCCGAUAUCGUUUCUCUUGCGCUCAUUGGACCUAUCAUUGUUGCAGCCUUUCUCGAAUCGUUUCUGGGUAUAUUCUUGCCGGUCAUGAUUGCGACGCUGCCUCUACCACGGCAUCUCACACAGUAUUUCCCUCUUCUCAUGACAUCCAUCCUCCAGGAGUUCGCAUUCUACUCUUUUGCUGCGAUGCUCGUGAUCCCUUGGCUCUUCUGCGUCUACCGACUGGUUGUGGUACCUCUUGGACGGCAGAAGCGGGUUAAGUAUACCCUCAACGAGCUGACCGCUCCGAAAGUGGUUGUGGUGAUGCCAGUCUACAAGGAGCCGCCGGACUCCCUGUGGACAGCUCUGAAUUCGGUAGUCAGCUGCGACUACCCGGCUUCUUGUAUCCACGUGUUUGUCUCCUUUGAUGGUGAUGAUAUUGAUGAGCUUUACCUCAAGACGAUCGAUCGCCUGGGCAUACCCGUGACAAUGAAGGACUUUCCAAAGUCGAUCGAUGUGGCGUACAACGGAGCACGAGUGACCGUGUCGAGGUUUCCACAUGGGGGCAAGCGACAUUGCCAAAAGGCUACGUUUCUGCUCAUCGACAAGAUCUACAAACGGUACCUCCAAGAGAAAGACGACCUCUUCAUCCUGUUUAUCGACUCCGAUUGCAUCCUAGAUCCCGUGUGUAUCCAGAACUUUAUGUACGACAUGGAACUGAGGCCUGGCAGCAAACACAAUAUGCUGGCGAUGACUGGUAUUAUCACAUCUUCCACGAAGAAGCACUCCUUCAUCACCCUGCUGCAGGACAUGGAGUACGUCCACGGCCAGUUGUUUGAAAGAUCUGUUGAAUCAGGCUGUGGAGCCGUCACAUGCCUCCCGGGGGCAUUGACUCUACUUCGAUUUUCGGCUUUUCGAAACAUGGCACGAUUCUACUUCUCGGACAAAGCGGAGGAAUGCGAGGAUCUCUUCGAUUACGCCAAAACACAUCUCGGCGAAGACCGAUGGCUAACGCAUUUGUUCAUGCUGGGUGCCAAACAACGGUACCAGAUUCAACUGAGUACUAGUGCCUUUUGCAAGACCGAAGCGGUGCAAACAUUUCGGUCUCUCCUCAAGCAACGGCGUCGGUGGUUUCUAGGGUUCAUCACUAACGAAGUUUGCAUGUUGACGGAUGGCCGCCUGUGGAGAAAGUAUCCCAUGCUCUGCUUUCUUCGAUUUACCACUAUCAGCAUUCGGACGACGGCACUUCUCCUCUUGAUUACCAUUAUCGCGAUAUCGAGCACUUCGACUCAAGUGGAUUCGUUGCCCUGGGAGUUCAUGUGCAUCUCCUGCGGCUUGAACUGGUUGCUCAUGUUUUACUUUGCGAUCAGGCUUCACCGCUGGAAGGCCGCUCUAUAUCCGAUGAUGUUUAUGCUCAACCCCUUCUUGAACUGGGUCUACAUGGUGUAUGGCGUCUUCACCGCUGGACAGAGAACAUGGGGUGGGCCGAGGGCAGAUGCGGGAGCAGCAGAUGCCAAGGUGACACCACAGCAGGCCAUUGAACAUGCCAUUGCCACAGGAGACGACUUGAAUAUUGUUCCAGAAACCUUCAAGCCUGCCAUCGAAUUCCGUCGGCGCCGUACGCGACCAUCAGCACUCCAACCGUCGUCCAGUGUCGAGGGUCGGUUUUUCUCCGCGGAACAAGAACCAAGCCAGUUGCCGGACAACGAGAUGGCCUCGCCCACCCCAUCGUGCAUCAAUCUUAACACACAGCAACAUCGAUAUGAGCACGAAUCUCUGGACAUGAGCGAUUCAGAUAGUCUGUCCGUACACACGCCCAAAUGGAUCAACAACUUCAGCGAAGACGAGGAGAAAGGGAGCCGUCAAAGUCGAGCAACUGACAUGGAGCCAAGACCGACAAGUAUGGUCACAGACCCCCAGAGUUGCAUGAGAGAAGGUCACCGAGCAACACGAAACACUGUGGCGGUUGUCCCACCCAUGCAGGGUCCUAGAGAUUUGUACACAGUUGCAGAUCUCCGAGAUAUCCGGCAAGGAACGACAAGAAACCACCACAUUGACAACCGAAGUCCCUUGGGACGAAACAGUCCAUUGACAGCGGUCCCUACGGAGGAAGACUUCCCUGCACUAGACGCAGAAGAGGGUCAGGACAUGGAGGAUAGCAGGAAGGCCAAGAGAAGACCCUCGAAAACGCAGCGGUUGCGGAAGAGAAGUCCGAGUCCAGGCAGGAUGGUGUAA